CUGCCGCUGUCAUUUUAUACGCAAGUCAUUUUAGCAUCAAAGUCACUCCGGCAUUUGGAAAUUGGUUUGUUUGUCGUUUAAAAGUCAAUUUAAAAAAGCACUGAAAAUAUCGUCAUGUUUCUUACACGCUCUGAGUAUGAUCGCGGUGUCAACACCUUCUCGCCCGAGGGCCGCCUCUUUCAAGUAGAGUAUGCCAUAGAGGCUAUCAAAUUGGGCUCCACUGCAAUUGGCAUUUGCACAAACGACAGCGUUGUAUUGGCCGUGGAAAAGCGCAUCACUUCAACAAUGAUGGUGCCGAAGACAGUAGAAAAGAUUGUGAAGGUGGAUGACCACAUUGGCUGCGCCACAUCUGGACUAAUGGCCGAUGCGCGCACCUUGAUUGAACGUGCACGCGUUGAAUGUCAGAAUCAUUGGUUCGUCUACAAUGAAUCGAUGACCGUUGAGUCAUGUGCCCAGGCUGUCUCUACAUUGGCCAUACAGUUCGGUGACAGCGGUGACGGCGAUGGUGCCUCCGCAAUGAGUCGACCUUUUGGUGUGGCCGUACUGUUUGCCGGCAUCGAAAACGGCCAGCCGCAGCUCUGGCAUAUGGAUCCUUCCGGCACAUAUAUACGCUACUGCGCCAAGGCAAUUGGGUCGGGCAGCGAGGGCGCCCAACAGAAUCUUCAGGACAAAUACACGCCAGAGAUGACACUGAACGAUGCCAUCAACUUGUGUUUGAACACGCUUAAGCAAGUCAUGGAGGAAAAACUAAACGAGACCAACGUCGAGCUAAUGACCAUGACAACAACAAACAAAGAGUUCACAAUGAUGCCCGAGAGUGAGGUGAAGAGGCUUAUCGAAAAUCUGGCCUAAUUGCAUUAUUUUUUACAUACUGCAACAUUUUGGUUAUUGAAAAAAUAUUUGUGAAUAAAGGGAUUCUAAAUCGAUAAUC